AUGGACGCCUACUGCAGGGAGAUCAGGAAGCUCGAAACCAAGUUCUAUGGUUUGGAGUUCCACCACGUCUCCAGGGACGACAACGUGGCGGCUGACGCCCUAUCCAAGCUCGGAUCCAAGCGGUCCAUCGUACCACCUGGUGUAUUUGUUCAAGCACUCAACAGCCCUACGGUCAAGAUGGAAGAGGAGCCCCCCACAAAGCUCGACCUGGUCCCUGCCAUAGUGCAGGAGGUCCUAACACUCGACACCGACUGGCGUUCCCCAAUCAUCGACUUCAUCAAGAACAACAAAACCUACCCAAAGGGAAAGGAACACGAGAAGCUUGCUCGCCGGUCAAGCAACUAUUUCAUCAUAGGAACCGAGUUGUUCAGGCACUCGGCUUCCUCAGGAGCCCUGUGUAAAUGCAUCACACAGGACGAAGGAGUCUGA